AUGGCAGACGCCCUGGACGCGGUGAUGACCGUCGUGCGUUUCGCCGCCGUCCCCAGCAGGCUCGAGUGCGGGCACUCGGGGAUCUCGGCCGCCGACUGCCGGGCGCGCGGCUGCACCUGGGCGGAGGCGCACGAGAGGCCGGACCACGGCCUGCGCGCGCCGGCCUGCCAGCGGCACGCGCCCGCGCGGAAGGUCGUGGCGGUGACCUUCGUGUGGGGCAAGAAGUGGGCCAGGCUCAUCCCGCGCUUCGCCGCAUGGGCCAUGAGAUUGGCGAUGGGCGUCGUGAUCGUCCCCCCGGCGCCGUGGGCGACGCCUGCCGCACCGCGUGUGAGGCUGCUGCGCGGGCGCUUGGCGGCUCCGCACCGGGCGUCGCCUGCUGGGACCCGCUGA